AUGCCCCCAAAUUUUUUUCAAAAGCCGGAGACUGCUCUGAAGCGGGCUCAAGAAUUAACUUCGGUUGGAAAGGAACUUGACGCACUAGAAACGUUACAUGACACUAUUAAGUCAAAGCGACACAAGCAAUGGACCAAAACACACGAGCAAAUCAUGCUGAAACAUGUAGAACUUUGCGUCAUGCUAAGAAGGCCUCAUAUGGCGAAGGAUGCGCUGUUCCAAUACAAGGCUUUGACUCAACAAGUUGCCGUAAAAUCUCUGGAAACUGUUAUCCAUCAUUUUUUGGAAUUGGCCCAACAAAAGACAGAAGAAGCUCAAAAAACGUCUAUCGAAAAAGUUGAAGAAAUUGAUGAUCUUGACCAAGCAGAUGCUCCUGAAAAUCUUCUAUUGUCCGCAGUUUCCGGUGCGGCAGCUCAAGAUCGUAUGGACCGUACAGUUCUAAGUCCGUGGUUGCGCUUUCUUUGGGACUCUUAUAGAAAUUGUUUGGAUCUUUUGCGGAAUAAUGCUGUCGUCGAACAGCUUUAUCACCGUAUAGCACGUCAGUCGUUCGAAUUUUGCGCCAAGUACCAGCGUCGCACAGAAUUUCGAAAACUGUGCGAUCAUCUUAGAAUCCAUUUAAGUCAAAUACAGAAACACCAGCACUUACCUCAUGUGGUAAAAUUGAGUUCUGCAGACUCCCUGACUUUAAUGCAAGAUACGCGUCUUAUUCAGCUUGAUACUGCUAUUCAAAUGGAGCUAUGGCAAGAGGCAUAUCGCAGUGCAGAAGAUGUUCACGGAAUGAUGCAGCUGAGUAAAGACAAGGACAGAAAAAUGGUCAAGCCAGCGAGUUAUGUGAAUUAUUACGACAAGUUGGCCCUAGUAUUUUGGAAGGCCGGUAAUCGUUUGUUCCAUGCAACAGCUCUGCUUCAAAAGUUCAUUAUUUACAAAGAUAUGAAGAAAACGUUCAGUGCAGAAGAAGCUUUAGAACAAGCAACUCGUGUUCUUCUUGCAACUCUUUCAAUUCCAGAUGGUGCGGACGCUCCAUCAGAUUUAACUCGACAUUUAGAUAUUGAAGAGCAACAUAUUGCAAAUAUGAGAUUGUUGUCCAAUUUGCUGCGUCUGCCAAUCACGCCAACCAGAAAUGGUAUCUUGAAGGAGCUUGUACGUUUAAAUAUUCCUGAAAUAGCAAAUGAAAACGCACGUAGCCUUUAUCGGCUCUUGGAGUGCAACUUUCUUCCUCUACGAUUAGCGAAUGAAGUUCAAGUUGAAUUGAAGAAGAUAACUGAUUUACAGCGGGAUGACUAUAAUCAGUACGUUGAUUCUAUCCGCACCGUUACUGCUACUAAAGCUAUCAAACAACUUGCUUUGAUUUACGAAACUGUCUCCCUUGACCGUAUAACAAAAGUUAUUCCAUUUUAUGAUGGUGUGGAGCUUGAGAGGUUCUUGGUGGAUAUUUUCAAACAUCGUUAUGUAAAGGCUCAAAUAGACCACAGGGAAAGAUCAGUUAGGUUUGGUGUAGUCGAAGCAACUUUAGCUGGUAGUAUAGAUCCGGACCCUUCCAAUGGUUUUAUUAGCAGGGACGCUGCGCAGGUUGGUCUGGAAGGUAUUCGCGGACAUUUGGAGUUGAUGUACAACGGUCUCCGAAGCAUCGUCGGUAUUCUUGAUGCUGAAGAAGUCCGGAAAGCAGCUUUGGAAAAUGUUAUUUUUAUUCAUUCAAAAGUUCUUAAAGUUCAUAAUUUAUCAGUUAGAAUUGAACUUCUGGGAAUAGAAAAUUAUAAAGAAACCAGUGAGCGCAUGAGAUUGGAGAAAUCGCAGAAGGCUCAGUUAGAAGCAAUGAUGCGUGAGGAACAAAAAAGAGCGGAAGAAAUGCGACGACUAGAAAUGGAAAAUGCAGAAAAAGAAAGAUUACGGAAGAUUGCUGAGCAGGAGGAAAUGGACAGAAAAGUGCGUGCAGAGAAGAUGAAGAAAAUCCAAGCAACACCAAUUUAUCAGGCCAUAGUAAAAGACCAUGGUGAAGAAGCUUUCCAAAAUAUGGAUCCAGAGUCGGUUUUGAGGGAACAAAGAGACAGACUGGAUGAACAAAGGCGCGAAUUACAAGCUCGCCUACAGCAGCAGGAAAAGAAGUUUGAUCACAUGGUUCGUGCAUUCCAUCUAGAAGAGAUCAAAGUUCGAGCGGAAAUGUCGGCAGAGUUUCAAAAAAUGGCACCGACUCGUCAUGAAGAGCAUGAAAGGAACCGCGUUCAAGCUGCAAUUGAGGAACAUGAGCGCGCCGUAGCUACAUACAACAGGAUGCAGAAAGUCCGCAAGGAUGCUAAGGAGUUUUUGGAGACCGUUUUAGAAGCUCAUAGAGAAGAUUUUGAGAAAAAGAUGGAAGCUUGGCAGCAGAAGUUGGAUGAAGAGAAGAAAAAACGUCUUGCAAAGAGACAUGAACAAAGAAAAGAAAAGAGGCGUCAAGAAUGGCAGGCGGAGCAGGAACGCGAACGUAUCAGAGCCAAAGAAGCAGAAGAGCAAGCUCGUAGAGAGGAGAAAGAACGGGAACGUCGCGCUGCGAAGGAAGCUGUUAAACGAGAGGUUGUGGAGAGCAAGUCUGAUAUGGAUACAGAUUGGAGGCAAGGCCCUAGGCCUCAACCCGUAAUGCCUGUGCGAACACCAGGUAAAAUAAACAAAGGGCAAGGUGAUGGAAGCGAGCGCUCAAAGGAUCGUCCUCAGCCUCCUUCUGAAGCUGAUAGCGGCCCUUGGGUUCAUGGCAACGUAGUCACUGCUCUUCCUCGUGCAGUAGAUAGAGAACGAUCUGGGACUCCAACCCAACGUGGUUCUUACGUGUCGGAAGCAGACACCACUAGUUCUUGGAGGUUAGGUGAAGUGGUAACCGUCCAUAAAGAUGCAUCUCAGCGUUUUGGCGGUGAUCGAUUAGGACAGUCAUCUGAAAAUCGGCCGUCUGCUGGACGUGUUUCGUCAUCCGGAGCUGAUUCUGAUAACUGGCGGCGGGCAGCUGGCAAUGUUGUUGAGGCGCCGCAAGCAGCUGCUAAAUCUUCUAAGUAUGUCCCUCCGUUCCGAGCAAGAGCUGCUAUGGGACUUUCUGCCGGAGACCGUUCGCCACGCACGCAGCCAUCUGAAGUUUCCAGUCAACCACAACAGGCUACAACAGAUGUAGAUGGUGAUGCAAAGUGGACGACUGUUCGUGGCCGGAAUGUAGAUGGUGCUAAUUUGUUCUCCAUAGCCGUGGGCAGACAUCUCGGCGGAGUAUACAGACGAGUGCUGCAGAUGAAGACCGGAAGUGGAGGAAAAAGAAUUGAUAUUUCAUAA